AUGAGUAUUCUCUUUUGUGGAGAUUUGCUGCUGACUGGUUUGAACAACACGCAUCUCGCCACAGAUCAAGACAAUGAUGAAUACAAUCCAUACGAUAUUGACAAUCGUUUUGAAAAAUUUGAGUACAGACCGUCCUUGAUCCGAAAGGACACGGAAGAAAUGAUCUCGUUCUUCGAACACUCGACAUUGGAUCAUCCUCUCGAUAUUUCUUAUAUUUGUGCUGGUGGAGAAUUAACCACGUACAGUCUCUUGUUUUUGAAUGGGCAUGAACAUGAAUUUUUUCUUCAAGCUCAUAGAAAGAGUGGUACAGAUCGUUUUCAAAAAGUAUCAUUUGAGAGAUUGUUCGAGCAAAUGAUUCAAAAACUAUUACAUGAUGAAAAGAAUAGUGGUGAUAGACGAGAAAGAAGUUCUAACACUCAAAAAGGAGACUCGACCCAAUUAUCAUUUCAAGACUCACGAGAAAUGAAACAAAUUAUAUGCAACAAUGCACAUUGCAUUGUUUUUGAAAUGAUGGAUGGAAAAUUAUACUUGUAUGAUAUUGAAAAUGUUGUACUGUUUCCAUUUAUUACCUCUCACAAAUGUAAUCUCAAGUGUAUUGGUAGUGGAAUCAUGUCACCUGUAAUUCUUGUAAAUGAUAUUUGGAAUGAUGAUACUGUCAUGGUUAUUGACACCAAUGCAUGGAUCAGAGAAGAUGGAUAUAUUAAUUAUUAUGACAAUAUCACCAAGAUUACAUUUCGGGAAAAAUCAGCAGAGAUCAAAUUCAUGAAAAGCUAUUGUAGAGAACUUUUCUUAUUCGUUCUCACCAAUAAUUGGUUAUAUGUUUGGGGAUUUGGUACUUCUAGAUAUGGAUUCGAGCAUUGUCCAGAAAAAACAAUAACUCGUGUCACGACAGGUUUUGAACAUGAAGGAAAUAUUAUUGCUAUGGAAACUGGUUUUGCACAUGUAGCUCUGCUACUCGAUUCUGGAUCUGUCUAUGUUCGGGGGCUUAAUAACUUCCAACAAUGUGUGCACAACAUCACCGAUUCGGAGAGUCUUGAUGAAUUCUACAAAAUACCACUCAAGAAACCUGUAUUAUCAUUAUGUUGUGGAUCUACUUGUACUUGUAUCGUGACACGUGAUGACAUUGUGUUUUUCGGAGAGGUGUGUGAAAGGUUUAUAGAUCCUCCGGUUUCUGUAGUCCUCGAUGGAGACUACCAAUCCUUUUCUCGAUUCUGGGUUCAUAGGAAGGAGUUUUCCAAUGAGGAAGUCAGCUUGGGUCCUUGGCAUGGAUUUAUUUAUCGACGAACCUUUCAAACGAGACCAUUUCAUUUACACUUGUUUAUCAAAAAACUUGGUGAAAAAGUGGACAAUACGAAAUUGAGUGAUAUUUCCAUUCGAACACUGACAUUGUCUGAAUGA